AGAACCUCGCCCUGCGAAAGCUGUCAAAGGAACCACUGCAGAUCAACACCGGACAUACGCUCUCGAACAUCGCGUACAUUGGACUCAAGAGCCUCAGCCUACUCUGCGAACUUCAUCGACAUGUCGGAGAAUAAAAGAAAAGGGGACAGCAGAGACAAAGGCAGACGGAGAUUUCGACCCGAUGGGACCGCCAUCUGGGGCCAGAGACAGAUCGAUGGUCCUGGCGUAUGGGUGACCUGCGUUAAGGGCAAGGAAAAGCAAACCGUCGGCGAACUCUACGACUUGUUCGAAUCCCUUGGAAACGAACUUUGGCCGGUGGGAGAGGUUGAUGAUGCAGAAACACCUCAAGACUCCGACGACGAAGCUGGCGGUGCAGAAGACAUCGAAAAACAGAUCGCUAAAGAAGUCGCUUCCAUGAAACGGCCACGAAAAGAGACAAGGUUCGUUAACUGUCUGACCAAUACACCAUGCGUGGUCUUCAUAUCGACCAAACCGCCUAUCGAUCCAGUCAAAUUGGUCACGACACAUGUUCAGAACGUACUCGACUCAGGAGUUACGCACACUCGCUUUUCACAGCGGCUGACUCCGGUAUCCGCAAGCUGUGCUGCAAACAUGCCUGAAGUUACAACACUCUGUACUCGUGUCCUCAAGAGCGUCCUCGCGGAAGACCCGGACAAGAAGUACACUUACAAGGUCGAAUUGCGAAUCCGCAACCACAACACCCUCAAGCGCGACAAACUCAUCCCCGAGUUGGCGAAGUGCGUACCCGAGGGACAUACUGUAAAUUUGGACAAUCCGGAGCUCUACAUCCUCGUCGAAAUCUUCAAGAGCGUCUGCGGAAUCAGCGUGGUCAAAGACUACUACAAGCUGCAGAAGUUCAACGUCAUGGAGAUCGCGAACGCCAAAAACCUACGCGACGAUGGCGAAGAGGGUCGUGUUGCGGAAAAAGGCUCGCAGGAGACCGCUGGAAAGGGCGCUUCUACGGUUGCAGAGGGCGCGAACACAACGGCGCCAUGAAAGGAAUUCUUGUAUCAUCAUAGCUGCCAUAUGUAGUACGUAGAAGAG